CCCCCCUCCCCCCAUUCUCCAUCCAUUCCCUCUCUCUCUCUCUCUCUCUCUCUCUCGUCCACUUCUCAAUCCAGUCCAAAACCGAGUGACUUUCUCUGCUCUCUGUAAAGAGUGGGUAGUAUGGAGCGGUCGCCGCCGAACGGGAGCAAGGGGAUGGCGAUGUUUCCGGCGGCCGGGCCGCCUGCGGGGCUGGCGAGGUACGUGUCGGCACCGGGAUCGCUCCUCAGCAGCAUCGCCGACACCGUCGUCGCCGGCGGCGGAGGAGGAGGAGAGUUCCAGAUGGGGAGGUUCUUCUCCGGCGAGUCGUCGUGCCUGACGUCGGAGUCUACCUGCAAGGCCGGCGCGGGCGCCGCAUCGCCGGAUCUCGAUCCCUGCCUAAGCAAAGACGGCGGCGGGGGCGGAAUUGGGUCCGGUAUGCCGCGGUCCUACGGCGUGGGAAAGAUCUCUGUCGGCGCUCUCGCUCCACCGUUUCCGGCGGCGCCGGCGGCGGAUGGGAGUUCGAGGGGCGGCGGGAGUCCGUUGAUUCGUCACAGCAGCUCGCCCGCCGGAUUCUUAUCUCAUCUCAUGGUCGAUAACGGUUUUUCAGUUACAAGGGACACUGGAAGCUAUUCUCAACCAGGAACGGAUGGUGUCUAUGCGAUGCCAAGCACAAGAUUUAAAUCCCAGAUGAACUUCUCUAGACAAGGAACAUUGUCUCAAAUAUCUGAGAUAAGUGUCCCAGAUGUGGGAGAGAGUGUUGGUGGCAGUAACAACUCCACUGGGACGGCUGGGAAUGUUGGGCAGUCAUACAUUUCAAGCAAUUUUUCGAUAGGCUCAUGGGAUGAUACAAAUUCGAUUGUGUUCUCUGCACCUCCAAGCAAGCGGGCAAAAGAUAACAAUGGGGACAUAAUAACCAGUCUUAGCAGCAUUGAGUCUCAGUUUAGUUUGCCAACAACGUCCCUAGAGAUUGCUACAGUAGAGAAGUUCCUCCAGAUCCAACAAGACCAGGUUCCAUUCAAAAUCCGAGCUAAGCGUGGAUGUGCAACACACCCACGGAGCAUUGCCGAAAGGGAGAGAAGAACAAGAAUCAGUGAGAAGUUGAGAAAGCUGCAAGAACUUGUGCCUAACAUGGACAAGCAAACAAACACGGCAGACAUGUUAGACUUGGCAGUUCAGCACAUCAACUCCCUGCAGAGCCAAGUUGAGAUUCUUACCCAAGAACGUGAAAACUGCAUAUGUGCAAGCAAGCAAGAGAACAAUUAAGAUACCAGACAUGCUUAUGUAUAUAAGAAUUUAUGUUGGUUGUUGUUUGUUAGAUGGAUAGGAGGUAUUAACAUGCGAGUAGUUCCCAUUUGUGUAUUAUCAUUUCCCUUGAUCUUUGGCAGUCCAACAGGCAAUAAUGAAGGGCAGUUCUGUAUUUCCCAAAUUUCUGGCUUCUGGAAUCAUUUGGAUUAUAAGAGGGCUUUCGGGGGCAAAGGAAAAGCAUCUUCAUCGCACAAAGAUAUUCAGGUUCCAGGGCUUUCUCCAGAAUCUAAUAUUCCAUGUUUUAUUGAGGUUUUAUACUUCUCAGAUCUGUGUUUGCUUAUUGGAGUUGAAUAGUGUAAAGGAUGUUUGUUCUUUUAAUUGAUGCUUUAGCAAUUGACCUUUUUGUAUUUCUGGAUGUAUUUUGCUUUUUGCAUUCUAUCCUGAUAAAACCGGGAGUAAAAUCACAUUAGUAUACUUUAACCUAUGUCUGUAUCUGAAUAUAUGAUUUGCAGCAAGUA